AAGCGAGUGGGCGAAGCAGGAAAUGUCAGACGCGGCUCGGUUGGUCGCCGGCUUGGCUGUUCCUAUGUGGAGUCGGGCCUUGGCCUGAAGCCCUUGCAGGGGGCCCCGCAGAGGAGCCGCCGACUCGCUUGGAGGAGGUGAAAACAAACCAGGGCGCCGCUGACUGAAAAUGGAGCUCGGCCGGGCCCGGGUAUGAUACUCGUGUAAAGGAAGUAUACAUCCUGGCUGGACUCAGUGGAUAAUAAUGAGCGGUGCAGCUUUGGGCAUUGAGAUAGUAUUUGUCUUCUUUCUGGCUUUAAUCAUACUACAUCGCUAUGGGGACUUCAAAAAACAACACAGGCUUGUGAUAGUAGCAACACUACUAGCUUGGUAUCUUUGCUUCCUCAUGAUCUUUAUAUUACCUUUGGAUGUCACUACGACGAUAUACAAUCGAUGUAAGUUUGCUGUAAAUUCUAGUCCAUCUGAAAGUAACAUCAGCAAUGGAUCACAUACAAUUCCUACUCCAGGAAACCGUGAAUGUUUCAAACCAUGGAGCUAUAUUCCUCGCGGAAUCAUGCCCAUCUUCUGGCGUGUCGUAUAUUGGACAUCACAGUUUUUAACAUGGAUUCUGUUGCCCUUCAUGCAGUCGUAUGCUAGGUCAGGAGGCUUUUCCAUUACUGGAAAAAUUAAAACUGCAUUAAUUGAAAAUGCAAUUUAUUAUGGCACAUACCUUCUGAUUUUUGGAGCAUUUUUAAUAUAUGUGGCCGUAAACCCAAACUUCAACCUGCAGUGGAACCAACUUCAGACCAUUGGAAUAGCUGCUGCCAAUACUUGGGGACUCUUUCUUCUUGUUUUGCUCCUGGGGUAUGGCCUGGUUGAAAUUCCACGUUCUCAUUGGAAUGGAGCUAAGAAAGGUUACCUUCUCAUGAAGACUUAUUUCAAAGCUGCUAAGCUGAUGACAGAGAAGGCAGAUGCAGAAGAAAACUUAGAGGAUAUUAUGGAGGAAGUCCGCAAAGUAAACGAGAGCAUUAAAUACAACCACCCUUUAAGGAAAUGCGUCGACACAAUAUUGAAAAAGUGUCCUACUGAGUAUCAGGAAAGAAUGGGUAGAAACAUGGAUGACUAUGAAGAUUUUGAAGAAAGGCCUAAUACUUAUCCAACAGAAAAAAGUCUGGUCAAACUUCAUAAGCAGGUCAUUUAUUCUGUUCAGAGGCAUCGUCGUACGCAAGUCCAGUGGCGAAUUCUUUUAGAGCAAGCCUUUUAUCUGGAGGAUGUGGCAAAAAAUGAAACCAGUGCUACUCGUCAGUUUGUCCAUACUUUUCAGCCUCAGGAACCUGAAAGCAAACUUACCCAGUAUCUCUAUACACCGACUGUUGAAUGGUAUUGGGAGUGCCUCCUGCGACCAUGGUUUCACAGGAUUCUUGCCAUUGUUUUGGCCACGUUUUCCAUCAUUGUCGUGUGGUCAGAGUGCACAUUUUUUAGCACAAGGCCAGUUUUGUCCCUGUUUGCCGUCUUCAUACAACUGGCAGAGAAGUCCUACAACUAUUUCUACAUAGAGAUGGCGUGCUUCUUUACCAUCUUUUUCCUAAGUAUCUGUGUUUACUCUACUGUCUUCCGGAUUCGUGUAUUUAACUAUUAUUAUUUAGCGUCGCACCAUCAGACAGAUGCAUAUAGUUUGCUUUUCAGUGGCAUGCUGUUUUGUCGUCUCACUCCUCCAAUGUGCCUGAAUUUCUUGGGCUUGACUCAUAUGGAUUCAACAAUUUCGCACCAAAAAAAUGAGCCGACUGCAUAUACAUCCAUUAUGGGAUCAAUGAAAGUAUUAUCCUUCGUUGCAGAUGGGUUUUAUAUCUAUUAUCCCAUGUUGGUUGUCAUUCUCUGUAUUGCUACUUACUUCAGUUUAGGGACUCGGUGUUUGAAUCUUCUGGGGUUCCAGCAGUUUAUGGGAGACAAUGAGAUGACCUCAGACCUAACAGAUGAAGGAAAAGAAUUAAUCAGAAGAGAAAAAAGGAAACGGCAAAGGCAGGAAGAAGGUGAAAAUAGAAGAAGGGAGUGGAAAGAACGUUACGGAAACAACCGUGAGGAUUCUGCUAGAAACAGAAAUGUUCAAGCUGACCAGAAAGAGUCUAGCUUCACGGAAACGAAUACAAAUAGAACAGUCGCAUCUAAGUACACCAGAGCAAAUGGGAGGAAUGAAAGGGACAGGAUCGAGCUGCUUCAGGAUGCAGAACCCUUGGAUUUUAACGCUGAUUCAGUCAGUGAAGAUCCUCUCGACUCGGACUCAGGAAGGUAUCAACCCGGUGGAAGAUAUUUGUCAAUGUCGCGAAGCCGAAUAUUUGAUGAUGUCUAACCCCGUGGAACUCUUGAGUCUCUCCUCCAUUGCUUUUUCGGUAACAUAUCCUGCAACCAAAACAACCCCUCAGAAAUGGAGGGUGGGGAUGAAGGAACUUUAUUUCUUAGAAAUGCACUUUGUGUAAUGAGCUGCCCGAUUUGUGAUGGGCCAAACUUUGGUUUCUGAAACCGGGACCACCUCGACAGUGCCUUUCCCUUGUUUUUUCCCCUCCUUUCCGUUGCUGCUGUCAUGAGUCAAUAAUUGUGUGAGGUAUAGGCAGAUGCAGUGGCUAGUAGGAAGGGUUUGUCAUUGAAGGGAGUAGGGGAAGAAGGGACAGAGAUAUAGGGUGCUGAGUAGGGAGCAUAGUAGCAGGGAGCCCAGGGCUUUGGCCCUCGUGUUGGUGUUGUCCUGGGCGCGCCUUCUGUUGAAUUGGAAAUGUGUCGGAAAGGCUUUAGAAGCCUUUGCUAGAAUUCACUCAUGUGCUGGCAGCCCAGGCGUAAUAUGUCAAAGGCCAAAAAGAAAGAAAAGUCACACAGCUUUAGAAUUGGAUCAGGGAUUCCAAAUUAAAGUUUAAUGUUUCAUUUUUAAAUAAAUUAAUGUAGAGCUCAGACUGAGCUGUCAUUCUUAUACUUUUGAAGAUUAUUUGGCUUUUCCUUUUUUUUUUUUAAGGCACUUGAUUUUUGAGCAGAUAAUCUAUAGUCUAAUACAGUUGGGUCAUCCGUUCUACAGCAAUGCAGUUCAUCAACGUACUGUAUUUCAGUGAAAGUUUGCGGACAACCUUCUAUACAAACUUCAGGUGUGAUUGAGAAUGCUGGGCUCUGGUUGGGUCAUACGCUGGUCUUCGACUCAAGUUCUUGAAGAGCUGGAGAGAUUUAAGGAUAAACUUGUACAAAAGCAGUUUGGUAUAAUCUGAAAUGCCUGCACGUCAGUCACCACCAGAACUGAGAAUGAUUUCUAUCUGCAUUAUAUGCAUAUGAAUGGUGUUAGCAUGCAUGGGUACCAAGGCCCAGCAGAAUCAUAAACAGUUACUGGUACUGUUUUAUACUUUAUGCUUAUACACACUAGCAUGUGUUCAAUGAAGCCCAUAACAUACAUUUAUUUUUAAGACCUUAUUUAGCCGCUGCUGAGAAUCUUUUGGCUUAAUCAAGCAUAGUGAGUCUGUUUACAAAGCUUAAACCUUCACUGCAGACUUCGUCUCUUCGAAAAUACUGUACAGUUCAGUUCUUGUGACAUGUGGAACUUGGCCUUCCUUUUUAAUAACUGGAUUUCUGGAGCAUGAUCCAGCCAGCACCACGAUUAUAUUGCCUCUCAUAAGACACCCACGUUUUAAUGAUACCUGUGCUUUUUACAGCCAUUAUGGAUUUUUAGCUGGAAGGGAAUCAAUGCUUCAUGUCUCAGCUGGACCGUCAAGAACCAUCAAUCUGCAAGCAAUGCAGGCUAAAACAUUUUGCUUAACGAUCUUCAGCAGCAGUAGGUAGAAACAUGUGCUGUGUUUAUGAGGCCCAGUGAAGUGUCAGAUGAAAUCAAAAAGCAAAUGUGUGAAUUUGAGAAAAGUACAUUUUGUCCUUAGGUCAACAGUGUUUAAUUUUUUAAAAAAAGAAACCACGGAUAGUGGUAAGCAGAUAUAAGGACUUGAGUAUGCCUUCUGCCAUGUUUCAUGUAUGAGGCAGAACAGCUUAAUUCAUGGCGCAUUUCUUGGGUGUUUUAAGGAAAAAAAGUGAUACUGAGUGCAUUGUGUGCUUAAGCGCAAGGAUUGCACUCUUGCACACGUGGACUGAUUUCCAUUGAUUUCCUUAGGGUUUAUGCAGCGUACAUUGUGCCCACGACUGCAGUCUUACCAUUGUGAGAAUCAGAGCUGUCUCUGCUUCCUUUAUCCCACUGUUCCUCAAAAUACCUAGCGAAGCAGCAAGCGAGAUACGCGGUCAUACGGGGUGUGUUGCCCUGCUUCUGCCUUGCAUCAGUGGCCAAGGAGAGCAACACAGUGCAAAGGGUCAGUGGUGUCGUGUUACACACCUUGUACCUGCCUAGAAUUGAGAAGAAGAAACAACAGAGGGAAACAGAAUAGCAGCAAGUCUGUGUCUCUCUCUUAUAACAUUUACUUGAGGCCUUCUAAGCUUUCAUUUUGGGAAAAAAUCAGGGUCAUCAUGAUUCAUGGUAGCUUCAGUGAAGUGUAAUUUAAGUAACUCAUACGUUGAAAGUGACUAGUAAGAGUACGUUAUCUGGCUUACAAGGAUUUGUGAUAGGGCUGUCAUGAAUGCAAGAAUUCAGAUCCUGUACCUGUUCAUAUAGGUACCCAAAUUAACGUAAGAUUGAGCUAGUGCUAAACCCCAAUUAAUGCACUUCUUGGAAAUCAGACCCACAGGGAUGUCCUAUGUGCAGACAUCAUCUCUUUAAAAUGUACUUUCUGUGAAGUUGACAAGAAUCUAGACACUUUAGCUCAGCAAGACAUAAUGAUAUAAAAUUGCUAGCAAUUUUAGAAAGGAUUUGCAAGCGACAACUGUUGGAAGUCUAGGUAUGUUUUCUUAAUAACAAGUAGUUUACUAGAGUUGACUAACAGCUAGCACAUUGGGGGAAUUCAUGAAAUCUGUGCCUGUUCCUAUAUAGUUUUUUUGUCAUACCCCUGCUUCAGAAAAACAUUCAGAAGUGUUUGUGUGUUCACACUUGCCCAUUUCUAUUACCGUAAUGGUAGAAAUGUGACUUUCAGAAAUAUCUAAGAGACCAAUGAAGUGUAUGGGUUUUUAAAACUAUGAGGAGUUUUUAAAAUCACCCAUAGAGAUUUGAUUUUAUUAACUUGCUGCUUUUUACUGAUGAAAAUUUUGUUACAAGAAAAAUAAGCCUACGGCAAGACUACUGAACAUUCACUUGAUUUCCAGUUAUAUUGGCCUGAUUGUUGCAUCACAGCUUUAGACGCUCAGCUCUCCUUUUAUGAAACAUAAAUGGGAAAUGCACUUACAACUUCCAUAAAAGCCUAGAUAGCUCCUGCUGGAACUGGUUGCCGUGAAAUGGCUUGGAAUGUUCUUCAGAAUGAGCAGAGGAGCGUUGGCAUUAUCACAACGUGCUGGGCCUCACCGGAACAGCAUUUUGGAAAAAUCGCUUGCAUUAUUCAUACUCGAAGCCGGCACCGUGUCUGCUGGGAGAUUUUCCAGCGCGAGACCACUGGGCUGCUUGGCUGCAGGUGUAAGAGUUGAAUCCCCUGCGACUGAAAUCACACGAUGCGGACAUUGCUAGCAGUGUCUUACUUCCUUAUACAAUACUGUGGAACUUCAAAACCAAAACAGAAGUGCUGGUGAUGUUUUCGCUUCUGUGAUUCAGCUUGCUACUGUGUUGGUGGUGCAGUGGCAAUCUGAAGGCACUGUAUUGUCAUUCCAUAUGCAUUCAUGAGGCUUACCAUACCAGCUUGUUUUAACUCAUAAAGAGUUUUCUAGUAAACGUUAGCACCUUUUUGUUUCAGGAUUUUGGCUUUCGACACAAAUUUGUAAGAACACAGUUUGCUUAGCCAUUGUAAUAAUGCAAAGUCUUGGUUUAUACCACCAAACUUUCUCCUCUGAUGCUAUCCUGUUAAGAACAACAGAAAUAAUUGUUUUGUCAGCUGUGUUGGGUAUGAAAUCAUGAACAGUGAGAUGUAUAUUUGCUGCCAGGGUAUAACUGUAAUUUAUAUAUAACGAGGGGAUAUACAAAUUGUAGUGUUAUUUAUAGAAUUAUAUUUUAACUUAUUAGUUGGAAUUAAAAUGAACUUUAUUACAUCAUGUCUCUCCGAUCAUCGGUGCUUGCUCUGUAAUUGCGAAAUGACAGCUUUUCAAGAUGGAAUACUGAUAAUGCCAUUAAAGAAGAACAGUUUCAGA